UUUAUCUCUACAUGCAUGAACACUGAUGAAACCCAUGAAAGGUGAAACUACUUUGACAGACUCUCACCACCAGGACGAGGAGCAGUGAGUUCUGCUGGGUCACCGAGUUGAGUGACGGUGAAAAGGGCGGUGAUUUUGGUGAUACCGGGGGAAGGCGCGCGCUUCGGGUCUGCAGGGUUCUGGUUCAGGUUCUGAGAUUCAGCUCAGAUCAGGACACAAUGUCAGGGGUCAUACCAGUUCUGGAGGAGGUGGAUCAGUUGAAACGACCAUGUGGUGCCGUCUUCAUCGAUCAGCAUGUGGACGUACUGAUACAGAAAACCUUCAGUGUGGAACCCAUCCUGGACAAACUCCUGAGUCUGUUGGUGAUCACCAAUGAGGAGUACCAAGAAGUUAAAACUGAGAAAACACCUCAGAAACAAAUGAGGGUUUUACUGAACGAGCUGAUAAGAGCCAAAGGCGAUACAGGAAAACAGAUUCUGUACAAAACUCUGAAGGAAGAGCAGCCGUUAAUAAUGCAGGACUUCGGAGCUGCUUAAAGAAUUCAUCAGAUAUUGAUAAGGUUGUUGUCCUUAUUAUUUGUCGUUACUCUCAAUAUCAUAAGAAUACGUCAGAUGUAGUCUGUCUAUAAUAUAAUACAGUUACAUAGAUAGAGAAAGUUACCUUUAUGAUAAAAAAUAUGUAAUAAAUGAAUAAAAAGCUGUGAUCUGCCAGAACAACGAAACAGAAUGUGUGAUAUUUAAUCACAAAUUCACUCACUAAACUAAUCUUAUGAAACUUCACAGCUAUGACCAGUUAUGGAUCACACAUGUGCUGAUUGGGACUGAAAAGAAUUUGAUGCAAAGGUUUAUAUGGUGAAUAAACAUUGUUUAAUUUCAUUAUAAAAA